AUGAGCAGCAGCACCACCAGCCUGAGCAGGAGCAGUGUGGAGGGGGCCCCGGGCACCCCCACACGAGUGAUGGGGGGCCCCGUGACUCCCAGGAGAGGCCCCCACGUAUUCAAACAGAGGAUGUGCAGGCACUUCAAGAGCAAGCCCCCUACCAAGGGAGUGAAGGGAUUUGGUGAUGAGAUCCCAGGGAUGGAGGGACUAGGCAGUGACUUUACGCUGGUGUGUCCUUGGGAGGCUUUCAACCAUCUGGAGCUCCACGAGCUGGCCCAGUACGGCAUCAUCUGA